CAACACAAAUCAGCUUUGCAUGCUUUAUGUAGUAGCUAGGUAGUUUACUGAACACAUUCCAACGUAUCAAUGAAGUAUUGUAAGAUAUAGAAUGCUUGUGAUUGUCGCUACACCAUUUUAGUCUGGUAUUGGUCACACCAUGUCAAAAGGUCGAGCUGUCAUCAAUCCCCACACAUUUGUUGUCUUAUCUGAGCUGAGCAGCAUCCCAACCAGCUCCCGCAACCUGUGAGUCUGCAACUCCAGUAAGAUACGUCCUCACACUAAAGCAAACGGGUGGAAGGACUGCCGUCACCCUUGAACCUCACGGAUACAGAAAGUGGCGGUGUUGCAGCUCUACCAGGAUAAGGCUCUUGACCCCUUGACUGUUUGAAAGUUGUUUUUUUCCUGUGGUAUCAGACCCAGGCCCUUGAGAGCAAUGUGUGAGCAAGAGGACCACGGUGGCCGUAACAAGCUGUCCAACAGUGAUGCAAUCAAGCUGACAGAUAACCUCUCUCAGAGUGACUCCGACCCUGAAGAGCGUAAUGAGUCCAUAGACCCAGAGGUGGAAGACUUGUCCUCAUCUGAUGAUGAAGAGCACCAGAGCUCUUGCCCUGGUCCCGGUCCCAAGAAACCUGCAUUCAGUCUGACAGGUGGCAGCUCAAGCUUCUCCAACCGCAGCCGAAGCAUCUUUGAUUGCCUGGAGAGUGCCGCUAAGCUGUCCUCGUCCCAUCUGGGCCAGGACAAUGUCAUUGAUGGGGUCUUUGCACGUCCCCCUCCACCCCCACUGCUGCCGAGUGGAAAGAAGUAUGGGGAGAAGGUGGGGGAAUUAGUCAGCAAGCCUCCUCAGAAGAGAGGAGUGCCAGAUUACCUGGUGAAUCCUGAGCGCUGGACGCGCUACGACCUGGAGGAUGUGCCAGAGACCAGUGACAGCAAAAAUAGCAUGGUGGCUCAGCAGUACAUACAAAGCCUGCAGCAGAAGGAGAACACAAUGGAAGAUGAUCCUGAAGAGCCUUUUACACCUACUUUCAACCAAGGCCAGAGUAGUAGCUCAGAGCAUAAGAUCGUGUUUUCCAGACCUAGCCGGCCACAGAAAGAUGAAUCUGCAGAAGUUAACAAGCCUGAUCGAACUAAGGCAGGGAUGGGUCUCUGUCACUUAGAUGAUGAAGAAGAUGAGGGUAUAGGCCAAGCAAUCGCCCCCCAAUGCCCAAAGGAGAGUGAGCGGAAGAGGAAGUGGACACCGGUGGGGGACGCAGAGGGCGUGCUGAUUGAUAGGAAGGAUCAGCCGCCUAUUGGCUUCGUCAUUAGUAGGAACGUCAAAAGGAAGAACUUCCGCAAGGUGUCAGAGAAAGAGGAGGACUGAGAGUACACAUGCAUGACCUCAAUCAAUUGAAGUCCUCUGGAAAUAAUGGAGGACCCUAAAUAUGGACAGUAUUUUAGUGCUUCCCUGUAGAACCUCAACCAGUGGAGUUUUUUUCUGAAUCAAGGGAAUAGUUUCGGCCUCUUGACUUUAUCAGCAUCAAUGUAAAAUGUGUAUUUUGAAUAUUAACUUCAGAUAUGAAAAGCACUUGUCAGUAAUGCUAAUGUAUAUGGCUGUUUUGAAGUCCAAAGAAUAUUGAAUUUAGCUGUCAAGUAUACUGGUGGAAGUGUAAUGUAAACAAUUGUAUUUGUAGUAGACCCUUGUAAGUGGCAUUAUUUUUCCUAUUGCUAUAACUAUUAUUGAUUAUUGGCGCAGUAAAGUCUUCCCACAACUAAA